AUUAUGAGAAACAAAUUGAGAUCAAGGUAAUUCAGUAUUUCUCUUUUUAUCAUAGUGCAUUCCAUGGCUGCAGUGAAAAUUAGAUUCCAAGUGUUAAAAAUAAUGCAACCAUUACAUUUACACACUGAAUAAUAAGGAUCCUGAAAUAGGUUUUGUUGAACACGGCAUGCCCUUGUUACAGCAAAACAGAUGCGUGGGCAUGGAGACAGACUCUACAAACAUAUCUCACACUGCAUAGGGCAUGCAGGAACGAUGUUUCGAUACUGCUGGUGGGAGAAUAGAAUUUGAUUCGUACUAGAUGGUGUCUCUCUGGGCACCCAAGCCUGGAAAUGUUUUUUUUUUUUUUCCCUUUAAAGGAAAGUGUGGGGAGGGAAGAGAAGAGAAAGAAACAGCCAACACAUCCCCUGAGGAGGAAGAAGUGAUUAGCAUUCAUCAAUAGCAAUCUCUCUGAGUGAUGGAAAAUGGUGCUGACAGGCUCCAAAGGGAACGGCGCCAACUCUACUUCACCAGAAGCGAGGAAAGGAGUGAUAAUGCAGAAGCACUGAGGGUGGAGGUGAAAAUAGGCACCAGAAAACAAGGGACGUCCAAUUUCCCAUUUGCUUUUCAAAAUUAUCAGCACUUGUUGGGAUAGAUGCCUUCAGUCAGAGAAGUCCAGCACUUAUGAACACGGGAAGCUGCAUUGUACUGAGUCAGAUCAUUGAACCAUCUAGCUCAGUACUGCCUACACUGGCUGGCAGCAGCUGUCCUGGUUUUCAGGCAGGAGUCUUUUCCUGGCCCAACCUGGCAAUGGCCCUCUCUUCAGAGGUGAUGGCCAGGCUUCAUCCCAGCCUGAAAAUUCACAGGGCGCUUUCACUUGCGAUGCUUAAAGCAGUUUGCAAUGCAAAUGUAAACAGUACAUGCCUCUGUUCUGUUGCAAGUAGAGCAAGAGAGACUCAAAGCCAGCUUAUGCCUCAUGGUUCAAAAAUAAUGUUGUAUUUUCUCCUGGAAGUCCUUAGCUCUAGGCUCAACGUUUCUUGGCAGGGAUGGACCAGUCAUUAGGAGGGGUGAAGCCACCACGUUUGGCCCACCUCACUGGCAGCAGAGGUGCCAGUACCAAUUUCUGGUGAGAUCUCACCAAAAGAGCAUGGAAAUCUGUAAGAACUCCCUGAAAAUUGGCACUGAUGCUGGUGGCAGAGGCAGUGGGGCAGUCCGCGUAAGUGGCUGAGGUGGCGGCAGCAGGGGAUGACAGCAUUUCCCAUUUUGCCUCAGGCACUUAAAUUGGUUCACAUUGCUCCUGCUUUUUGGUAAGGCAAGAUCACUCUGCACAUGCUUUGUGUCUCUUACUUUACCAUCAUUUGACUUUUGCAUGGAAUAACUAACUGACAUUCAGAAAACAGGUCCCAAGGCUAAACAAUAAAAAGCCCUGGGCUUAAAACCCAGGUCUUGGGCUGUGCAGAUUUGGCACAGAUUGUGUCCAUUCCACAGAGGCUCCUACUAGCUGUUUUGCAAAUUGCAGCAUGUGAACAGUGCAUAUGGAAACACUGGGAGCAAUCAAUACUGAAUAAUGCAUUGAUCCUUCCAAACCCCUAAUUUAUCUACUAACACUGGCCCCCAGAAUACUGGACUUCAGGAGCCUCUCAAGCACCCGAUGGGUAUGGUGGGGAGAGUCAUAUUUACUUAGAAAAGGCAGGGCUUGCCAAACAAAAAUAAUUCUUAUGCUGACUCUGACCUCAGGGACUCCAUUAAAAAUGGAUGCAGUCAUUCUCCCAUCCCUGGAGACCCAGAAACCUUCCCAUGCACUAGAGAUAGACCUAAAUCUUAAGGGUUGUUUUUCUUUUCUUUUUUAAGGUGCAUGCCUUAAACCCAAUAACUGGUCCAGUGUGUGUGGAGUGUAUAUCAAUGCUGAAACUCUCUGUCACCACACAGAAAUGGACUCUUCUUCCACAAGGAGGUAGUGGUAAUGAUCAAUCAAUCCACCAGACAAGCUUCCAUAUAUGA